CAAAUACUGACCUGCCUCUACUGUAUUGAAAUUAUAAAAAAAAAUGAAACGUUUGUGUAAUUCAGCAGCAACAGCAGAUAAUUCGUUAAUCAAAAAGCCCUCAAUACAAGACUUAAGUCAAACAACAUGUGAGGAAUCUUCAAAGUUAGCGAAAGAAGAAGAUCCCAUUAGUGAUGUUGAGGAGGAAGUGGAGACAGAAAGUUCUUCCAAUGCUAUUAACACCCGCCUGGGUAAAUGCGAGGUAUGUGCCGCCCGUGAGGCUGUUUACACUUGUCCCAAAUGUGAGGUUAAAACCUGCUGUCUAGAUUGUGUGCGUAUACACAAAAAGGAGCUGGAAUGUGAUGGCAUACGUGAUCGCACCAAGUUUAUUCCGCUCAAACAAAUGACCAAAAUGGAUUUUAUGUCUGACUACUAUUUCCUAGAAGAAUGCACUCGUUAUGUCGAGGAUCGUAAAGUGGAUCAAAUUAAAAAGUAUACACGUUAUAAUCGUGAUUUACCUUUACAUCUAAAUCGUUUGCGUAAUGCUGCCAAGGAACGUGAUAUUACUCUUAAAUUUUUAUUGCAAAAUUUUGCCCGCCAUAAAGAGAAUACCACAUAUUUUGAUUGGCGUACCAAGAAGAUCCAUUGGCGUUUGAAAUGGGUUUUUGUUAAUGCGGGGAAUUUAUGUUAUACCGAUGAGAAAUGUUUGGAAGAUGAAUAUUUAAGGGAUUUACUUAAGAAAUAUGUAGACAGGGAUGAGGUAGCGGAGAAUGUACCGGAGAAAAGAAAGUUGGAGUAUUAUCAAAGUAAAGGAGUGCAGAAGUUGAAAGUUUUACUUAAAGCCGAGGGCAUUAAACGCUGUAAAGAUCGUUUUUACUUACUGGAUGUUAAUAAAACUUUAAAGGCUAAUCUCUCAGGGAAGACUUUAGUAGAAUAUCCCUGGAUUUAUGUCAGCUAUGAAGAAGACUGUAAUGGUUUUGAUGUUAUAGAUAGUGAUGAAGAUGUAGAGGCUGAGGCUAGAAAACAUGAAACUAAUUUAGAAGAAUAUCGUAAAGAAAUGUUGAAAAAACAAAAAAGAGCUGCAGAGGGAGAUGAAGAAGAUGAAGAGGAAGAUAAAGAAUCAAUUGAGAAAUUGGCUAGUGAAAAAAGAAAACAAGAGAGGCAGCUUAAACGUGAAGAAUAUGAAAAAGCCGCCAAUAAUUUCCUGUUUAGUGAUGAACAACUAAUGGAGGUUUUAUCUUCUUCCUCAGAAGAGGAAGUAUAAUUAAUAAAGAUCUUCUUAUUUAAGUUUAUUAUAGUUUUUUUUUAUUAUUUUACCUAAAAUGUGUUUUUUUAUAACUUUUUUCGUCUCAUAAAUAUUUUCUUUAAUUAUCAAGGUUUUAUUUUCUUAUAAAAAGGAAUUAUUAUUAUGUUCAUCUUUGUUUUGUUUUAAAGGAAACCGUCUUAAGAAAAAAAACUAAAUU